ACUUGGAGGUGGGAGGGGAGCAUCUGGGAGGUGAAGAGGUAGCAGGGUAGAGGGCGCGCGAAUCUGGGAGGCCCCAACCCUGCUGGGUGAGCUGCCCUCGGUCUAACUUCCCCAGCCCAUGUUUGUCCGAACCGGUUGUGAGGAUCGUGUCUCCCGCGUGAAAGGGCGGCUGGCUUCCCGGAAGUGCCGGUGUCCGCUGCGGGUGGGCGCGGAGUGUGUGACCUCACGGCAGCGUCCACAGCACCCGAGGAGGCAGGCGCGCGCCGGGGCUCUGCUUCUCAGGCCCAGAGCCUCUCCCGUAACUUGCACAAUGGGUGCCAGUCUAUUCUAGAGCUGACCGAGGUGGGGCCGCGGCCGAGAGUAUUGAGGAGGGGGGCCUAAGGCGAAAACCUUUUCUCCCCUGGCAGCCGACUUGCUUUAACUUUUCUUUGAAAAGGAGAUUCUUAACGCUCCUUGCACCUGUUGUAAUGUGCGAUCUUGUGGGCAAAGAAAUGCCUGUUUAACUGAGCUCUUGUUUCCUAUGAAGUUACUCAAGAUAUAGGAGAAUGUAUUUGAAUUUUAGGGGACCAAGUUUAACAAAACAUUCAUUUCAACUACUGUGCACGCUCAUCCAUACAACCUCGCGAAUGAGAUGAUGCUACAGUUCUGGGCUGCUUCAUCUUAAGGAGUUGAUGUUACUUCUGGCAAGUUCUGUCUUCCCUGGCUAUUAUAGUUGGUGGCUCAGCGCUAACUCAGACCAUGUGGACCGCUGAUGAGAUUGCGAGGCUGUGUUACGAGCACUACCAGACCAGGCUGCCCAAGCAGGGGAAGCCUGAGCCCAACCGUGAGUGGACGUUGCUAGCAGCCGUGGUGAAGAUACAACCUGCCACCGACCAGGCCUGUGGCGGCGCUAACAAACCGGUGCAAGUGACAAAGGAAGUUGUCUCAAUGGGAACGGGGACGAAAUGCAUAGGCCAGUCCAAAAUGAGGAAGAGCGGAGACAUCCUCAAUGAUAGCCAUGCUGAGGUCAUAGCCAGGAGGAGUUUCCAAAGGUACCUUCUGCAUCAGCUCCACUUGGCGGCCGCCCUGAAGGAGAAUAGCAUUUUUGUCCCUGCAACUCAGAGAGGGCUGUGGAAACUCAGACAAGGCAUCUUGUUUGUGUUUUUCUCCAGCCAUACACCCUGUGGGGAUGCCUCCAUCAUUCCAAUGCUUGAGUUUGAAGAUCAGCCCUGCUGUCCCGUCAGUAGACGUUGGGCCAAUAAGCCAUCAGAAGAAGCCAGUGGUAACCCAGAAACUCCUGAAGAUGAAAAGAAAUAUGAAGACCUGGGUAGUCCUGUGACCAAAAAGAUGAGGCUUGAACCUGGGAUUCCCGAUGGUGUGGCUCACUGUCAGAGUUUGGACAAUCAGGAAAGUGGUCCAGUCCCACCAACUGUCAGCAGCUCUAAUGUCCCCACACAGGAACUGGCCACUGUCGCCGGAAGGGCCCCCAGUGGUGCCAAAGUGGUGGACGUUUAUAGAACUGGAGCCAAAUGUGUGCCUGGAGAAGCUGGAGACUCGGGAAAGCCUGGUGCAGCGUAUCACCAGGUGGGCCUGCUCCGGGUGAAGCCAGGCCGGGGAGACAGGACCCGCUCCAUGUCCUGCAGUGACAAGUUGGCACGGUGGAAUGUCCUCGGAUGCCAGGGGGCACUGCUGAUGCACCUUCUAGAAGAGCCUGUCUACCUGUCAGCCGUGGUCAUUGGGAGGUGCCCGUACAGCCAGGAGGCCAUGCGGAGAGCUCUGACUGGGAGGUGUCAGAACGUCUCAGCUUUACCCAAAGGCUUUGGAGUUCAAGAAGUGACAAUACAGCAGUCCGGUUUACUGUUUGAACAGAGCCGCGGCGCAGUGCAGGCAAAAAGGGCUGACAGCCCAGGCCGACUUGUUCCUUGUGGCGCAGCCAUCAGCUGGAGUGCGGUUCCUGAGCAGCCGCUGGAUGUCACUGCCAAUGGCUUUCCACAGGGAACAACACGGAAGGCAAUCAGGUGCCUUCAGGCCAGAUCCCAAAUCAGCAAAGUGGAACUCUUUAGAUCAUUUCAGAAACUGCUAAGCAGUAUUUCAGAGGACAAGUGGCCAGACUCCCUCAGGGCGCAGAAGCUAGAGACAUACCACGAGUACAAGGAGGCUGCGUCUACUUACCAGGAAGCCUGGAGUGCGCUCCGAAAGCAGGCCUUUGGAUCCUGGAUCAGAAACCCACCGGAUUAUCACCAGUUUAAAUAAGAAGGGCAAACUGCAAAGAGCUUAUUAGUAGCAGAGUGUUUUUCAGCUGCUCACACUGGACGGCUUCUUCCUUUGUGCUGGACAAGCCUUAGCUUUUCUCGUGGCUGAGUCAGGGAAAAAAAAGUCUGCCAUCUACCAGAGUGACAUAUCUCUUCUGGGUAAUAUGGACAGAAUCCUGAAACAUGGAACUAUCCAUACUUGACUGAUGUAUCUCUCUCUGCUAAAACAUCACCUCGCUGAUGCCCUUGGCAUCUGUCCUAACGUGUGUUAUUGCUUCUCUAAAACAUGGAGUAAGAACUUGGAAUGUGACGCUUGAAAGGUACUCUGCAGCAGCUCCGCUCUGUGUUCCCACAUUGAUCUGGCAAGUAUUUCUUGGGCUGAGAUGGUGUCCGGACCUCUGCAAGUUUUAGAGCUUCCCUUGGCAUAGUGGACAUGUGCCGUUUCUUCCCUUGGAGGGUCAUCCUUUCCUGCUCUAUCCAUGGGACUUGGCUGAAGCAAACCUCACUCCCCAGCUCUCGGAUUGUGAGGCAGCGCCAUACAAUCCUGGAACUACUGCCAGGGCGAGCAGGAAAGAUGCUGUCUCCUCUCGGAUCAGAAGCUCCAAGGACCACAGACUCGUGGGACUGUCUGUGGCUGCCUUUGCCUCCACACAGAGGCAGCCAGCUUGAGAAUGAAGGCAAGAAAACAGGAAACAGCCAAAAGCAUCGGCUCCCGUGACCUUGUUUGGAUGCCUGAAGCCAGUGCCCAGCCCGGACUUCAAGUAUGUGAGAUAAAUUCAUACGGCUGUUUGGGUUAAGCCUAUCUGAGUAGGUUGUCUGUGGCUUUCAAAUGAAAGAGUUCUGUCUAACAGGCCAAAAGUCCGUAUAGCAAAUCAGCAGCAGACCUAGCUACCCAUCCUCUUUUAACCACCAUCUAAUAUUUAACUCUCAUCCUCUCUGCUCCUUAAAUUAUUGAUGGAAAGGGAAGUUGUCCGUGUCAGGAUUAUCCAAAGCUCUUCUCAAAGUCCUUUAGUAUCUUGGAAUAGCUUUUUUUUCUUUUAAGAUUUUAUUCGUAAGUAGUCUCUACACCCAGUAUGGGGCUUAAACUCAUGACCCCA